AAGUGAAGACAAGAGUGAGAAAAAAACUACACAAAGUAAGCCGCUUAGAGACGGCCAUUAAAAUCAUCCUUCUUCUUCAGCCGGCUUUCCUCUCUGCAUCUCCCAUUAAAGUAAAAAAAUCUCUCUUUCCCUCUCCUUUUUAAACCCUUCUCAUUCCAUACAUGACCUUGCUUCUCCUUCCUUCCUUCUCACAUCUCCAUCUUCUCUAUACAUCUUGUUAAUGGCGAAAAUCUCCCAACAAACCCAAAGGAAUAACAGCACUGCAAACACUGCCACCAACAGGCCUACAACAAAGACAAAGAGGACAAGGAGGACUUUGCCCAGAGACUCUCCUCCUCAGCGCAGCUCCAUCUACCGCGGCGUUACAAGGCACCGGUGGACGGGACGUUAUGAAGCUCACUUGUGGGAUAAGAAUUGUUGGAAUGAAUCACAGAACAAGAAAGGGAGACAAGUAUAUCUAGGGGCAUAUGAUGAUGAAGAAGCUGCAGCACAUGCCUAUGACUUGGCAGCAUUAAAGUACUGGGGACAAGACACCAUCCUCAAUUUCCCUUUGUCAACUUAUCAAGAAAAGCUCAAAGAAAUGGAGAGUCAGUCAAAAGAGGAGUAUAUUGGAUCACUCAGAAGGAAGAGCAGUGGAUUUUCUCGUGGUGUUUCCAAGUAUAGAGGCGUAGCAAGACACCAUCAUAAUGGAAGAUGGGAGGCCAGAAUUGGCAGAGUUUUUGGCAACAAGUACCUCUAUCUUGGAACUUAUGCCACUCAAGAAGAAGCAGCCACAGCUUAUGACUUGGCAGCUAUAGAGUACCGUGGACUUAAUGCUGUUACAAACUUUGACCUUAGUCGUUACAUCAAACCGCCACGACCUAAUACUAGUAGUGAUUCUAAUUGCACAACAAACUCCAACCAAGAAUCUGGAUUAAGUUUCACCGAAACCACCAUGCCUUCGCCACGACCCAGUGGUGGGUCGACAUCAUCUGCAUUAGGGCUUCUGUUACAAUCCUCAAAAUUUAAGGAAAUGCUAGAGAGAACAUCUCCAAAUGAUUGCCCAUCGGUACUAUCAGAGUCUGAACUGCCACGUCGGAGUUUCCCAGAUGAUAUUCAAACUUACUUUGAUUGUCAAGACUCUAGCAGUUAUGUAGAAGGCGAUGAUAUUAUUUUUGGAGACCUCAAUACAUUUGCCUCACCCAGUUUUCACUGUGAACUAAUUGACUGUUAGGAGGAUGCUUGGCUAAAUAAGGCUAUGUUUACAGUACAAAAUAUUUGAGGUUUCUAAAGAUAUGGAGGUAAGGAUUGUUGUAGGAAAUUAAGAUGAUGACGAAAAGGGCAAGAAAAAUCAGAAUUUAGAGUUAUUCUUUUUUUCUUUUUUGUUUUAUAUGAAAUAUAUAUGCUUCUC